ACACUCUUGAGUCCUGACCCUCCUCUUCUCUCAACAAGAAAAGUAAAAUUCUUUAGCAAAUGAAGACAACAAACGAGAACCAGAAGCCAAAAGCCAAAAGCUUCUUCUUUUAUUCAAUCUUUAACAUUCUCUAAUAAUCAAUUCUUCAUCUUUAACCCCAAAACACUAUUAAUAAAUAAGUAGCAAUGGAUCAUCGCCUCCUCAUCUCCGCCACCUUCAUCUCUCUCCUCUCCCUCACUCUCCCUCCAGAAGCCCACUCGGCUUCUUUCAAGCUCAUCAACAGGUGCCGCCGCACCAUCUGGCCCGGUUUUCUCUCCGGCGCCAACUCUCCGCCGCUCUCCUCCACUGGCUUCGAGCUCAGGACCGGCAAGUCGAGGACUUUAACAAUCCCCAAGUCUUGGUCGGGCCGGCUCUGGGCUCGAACCCUCUGUGCCCAUCACAGCAACCAAACAUUCUCUUGCGUUACCGGAGACUGUGGCUCCGGUAAGGUCGAAUGCGCUGGCGGAGGAGCCGCCCCACCCACUACCCUUGCGGAAUUCACCCUCAACGGCGCCGGUGGGCUAGACUUUUACGACGUAAGUUUGGUUGAUGGCUAUAACCUCCCUAUGCUAAUCUUGCCCAAGGGCGGUUCUGGCGGCGGCUGUAGUGCUACUGGGUGUUUAGUUGAUCUCAACGGUGCGUGUCCAGCGGAUUUGAGAGUUGCGCGUGGGACACACGGGCCAAGUGUAGCUUGUAAGAGCGCGUGUGAGGCUUUUGGUGAUCCUAGGUAUUGUUGUAGCGAGGCGUACGCUACGCCUGACACGUGUGGUCCUUCAGUGUAUUCUCUCUUUUUCAAACACGCUUGCCCACGCGCGUAUAGUUUUGCUUACGAUGAUAAGACGAGCACGUACACGUGCGCGUCCGCCGACUACGUUAUCAUAUUUUGCCCGCCACCUUACACCAGUCAAAAAUUGGUGGGAGCGCGAAAAGAUGGUGCACCGUUACCACUUGUGAACAAGACUACAAUGUACAUUGCAACAGAUCAUUCAAGCGGUGCUUUGUCCUCAGGUCUGGUCCAAAGGCAUUUUACUGCCUGUGCUGCCUCUAUUCUAUCGGCUCUUUUGCUCUUUUGGCCGAUUAUAUUGCCUUUAUGACUAACAUUAGCUUGGCCUGGAUAUCUCCAGGCAGAUAGUAUCAUAAAUUCCAGCUUCAGAAGGUGCCAUCUUCAUUAUUGCUGCGCCAGUGGUUAGCCCUCAUAUAGAUAUUGUUCAUGGAAGAGGUCGAAGUUCAGAUAAGUCAUCGCUGGUGGGACUUCGAAAUUCUAUGGAAGAUCUUGUACAUGCCUUUCUUUGUAUUCUUACGUUUUUCUCGUUCAGAUAUAUUGAGCUCCUUGAUCAAUAUAGUAUUUCCAAUGAUUUACGCUGAAUUUUACACAAUACCCAACAUAUCAAAACUCAAAGCAUCAAUCUUUACAGCUGGGUUUUCCCGAUAAGACUCAAAUAACUGUAACAAAACACUAUCAAUAUCUUUAAUUGA